GAUGCGCGCUCUACGGAUAAGUUGUCUGGUACUAGCCCUGCCAGCCUAUCUGCAGGCUGCCAGGAUACUGGCCAUAUUUCCGUCUCCGGGGCCAUCGCAGUAUAUUAGUGUGGAGCCCUAUCUAAAGGGACUGGCUGGUCGGGGUCACCAGGUGACCUCGGUUAAUGCGUUCCCGCAAAUGAAACCAGUGGCUAAUUUUCGCGAUGUUUUCCUCUCGGAAUUGUCGGACAAUUAUAAUGAAUUGAUCAACGAGCUGAAAGAACCCACGAAUACCUGGGAGGAGAACACCUACAUUAAUAAAUUAUUUGUGGUGGUUACGCGCAGUGUUCUUGAAAACAAAGAGGUUGCAGAAACCCUCUUGCCACCUGGAAAGGAUCAGUUCGAUCUUAUCAUUGUGGAGGCUCUACGCUCGGAUGCCUACUAUGGAUUUGCGGUCCACUUCAAUGCUCCUAUAAUUGGAUUCUCCACCUUUGGCACUGAUUGGAAUAUUGAUGAGUUAGUGGGCAAUGUAUCGCCUCUAUCGUAUACUCCGCUGUUGUCGACGGGUUUCACGGAUCGAAUGACAUUCCAGAAGCGGGUGUCCAACUUUAUAGAUACCAUGAUUGCCUGGCUUAACUACAUAUUGGUGCAUAUGCCAGAGCACGUACAGAUGUAUGAGAAACACUUUCCCGAGGCCGCAAAAAGGGUUAAGCUCACCGAUUUGAAUAGAAACUUCUCUCUGGUAUUGCUGAAUCAGCACUUUUCACUAAGCUUCCCGCGUCCCAACGUUCCCAACAUGAUUGAGGUUGGAGGUUUGCACAUAUCCCACAAGCCAUCUCCUUUGCCCAAGGACUUGGAAGAGUUCAUUCAGGGUUCCGGAGAGCAGGGUGUGAUCUACUUUUCCCUGGGCCCUAAUGUUCUGAGCAAGGAGCUACCGGUGAAGAGGAGAGAUCUUAUUCUAAAAACCUUCGCCAGCUUGCCGCAGCGUGUGCUCUGGAAAUUCGAGGACGACAAUUUGCCUGGCAAGCCGGCCAAUGUUUUCAUCCGCAAAUGGUUUCCACAGCAGGAUAUCCUGGCUCAUCCUAAGGUCAAGCUCUUUAUCACCCACGGCGGCUUGCUGAGCACCAUCGAGAGCAUUCAUCAUGGCAAACCUGUCUUGGGUCUGCCCUUCUUCAACGGCGCACUCGCGAAUGUCAACCGGGCCACGCAGGCUGGCUAUGGAUUGGGACUCAAUCACAAGACAAUGUCGCAGCGGGAAUUCAAGGAGACCAUCGAGCGACUGCUCCAGGAGCCGCGAUUUGCCCAGACAGCCAGACAGAUGUCGGAGCGAUAUCGGGAUCAGCCAAUGAGUCCACUAGCCACUGCCAUUUGGUGGACGGAAUACGUUCUGCGGCACAAGGGAGCUCAUCACAUGAGAGUGGCUGUCCAGGACUCGGGUUUCUUCGCCUACUACGACUUGGAAUUCAUUGGAGUCGCAACUUGGAUGUCACUGGAGUCUUUGGUAAGAUGUCUCCUGAUUGCUCCACUCUUGGUGGCAAGCCUUUGGAUGACAUUUAAGUGUUCGUUCUUUGGAAAUUCCAAGAAAUAG